AUGAGACCUUUUUGGGGACAUUUGCUGUAUUAUCCAUCUGCCGAAGCAUACAGAAACUCGCGGAAUUACUUCUCUACCGUCAGCAGCAUGCUGGGACACCUCGUAAGACGCAUCCAUAUUGCACGCGCAUGCAACACGCAACAUAAUGUUAGACUUCAGCUGUUCUCAAAAGAACACUGUGGUCUGUGUGACAAUGCGAAGGUAGCUGUGGCUAAUUUGCUGAAGAGACCUGAAUACCAAGGUCUGGAAGUUGAUACCAUUGAUAUAACCCUCCCCGAGAAUAAGACUUGGUGGGAUAAGUACUGUCUUGAUGUUCCCGUUCUACAUGUAGAGAAUAAGAAAGACUCCGGCCGGAUGAAGAAGAUCUUCCAUAGAGUCCAAGAAGAACAACUAAUUAAAACAAUAAAGGAUAUUGAAAAUUAA